CUAUCGGAUCGUGGAGGAUCAACUGUAUAGAAAUUCCCAUAUCGAAAUUUUGUGACAUAUGGCAACAAAAGUGUUUAAUAAUAACUACACAAUAUAUACAUAUCUUCCGUGCGGGUGCUGUAUUCGAUCGUGCAGUAGCUGUGCAUGAGCAAUUUACUGCCUUAUCAAACUGUUUAAUUCGUUCUGGUCGGCCCGUCAGUAGUGCUCUGCGAUUCGCAGAUGUAACAUCACCCCGAAGAGUUCGGAGACGUUUGCCGGGAAGUUAUCGACAGAGUGAAAGAGCGGACGAGACUCAGGAAAGUUGGUGGUUGCGGUUGAUUGGAGUACGACGUUUUAACCGGAGAAAGCUUGACGCUCAAUCCCAGCAAGAUGGGGGCCAUGUUUAGGAGUGAGGAGAUGGCACUAUGCCAGAUGUUCAUCCAACCAGAGGCUGCUUACACUUCUGUUUCCGAACUCGGCGAAACGGGCGCUGUCCAGUUCCGUGAUUUGAACUCGGAGGUCAACGCCUUUCAGCGCAAGUUCGUUAGCGAGGUGCGUCGCUGCGACGAGAUGGAGCGUAAGCUUCGCUACGUCGAGGCCGAGGUGAAAAAAGAUAACGUGAAGAUUCCGGACGUUCGAGACGAGCUUCCGCGGGCUCCGAAUCCGCGGGAAAUUAUCGAUUUGGAGGCCCAUCUGGAGAAGACAGAAAGUGAAAUUUUGGAGUUAUCUCAGAACGCCGUCAAUUUGAAGUCCAACUAUCUUGAAUUGACGGAGUUGAAGCACGUGCUGGAACGCACCCAGGGUUUCUUCUUCGAACAAGAGGGUGCCGUGAAUUUGGAUGCCACUAGGAACAAUUUGAUUCUCGAUGAUCAGGCGCAGGCUCAGGUCAGAGGACGGUUGGGAUUUGUGGCUGGAGUAAUCCAACGUGAGAAGGUACCCGGGUUCGAACGUAUGCUGUGGCGAAUCUCACGUGGUAAUGUUUUCCUACGUCAGGUCGAAUUGGAGAAGCCAUUGGAAGAUCCAGCAUCUGGCAACGAAAUCUACAAAACCGUAUUUGCUGCCUUCUUCCAAGGCGAGCAGCUGAAGUCGCGAAUCAAGAAGGUUUGCACCGGCUACCACGCAUCGCUUUAUCCAUGCCCGAGCGCUGCCGAUGAGCGCGAAGAAAUGGUCAAAGGUGUACGCACGCGUCUGGAAGAUUUGAACAUGGUACUGAACCAAACGCAGGACCAUCGAUCCCGUGUGCUAUCUACCGUGGCCAAAGAACUGCCACGCUGGAGAAUCAUGGUAAAGAAGAUGAAGGCCAUCUAUCACACUUUGAACCUGUUCAACAUGGACGUAACAAAGAAAUGCUUGAUUGGGGAGUGUUGGGUUCCAGUUUUGGAUCUCCCGAUCGUGCAAAAGGCACUGUCCGAUGGGUCGGCCGCCGUUGGGAGCACCAUUCCUUCGUUUCUGAAUGUCAUCGAAACGAGCGAACAUCCACCGACGUUCAACCGAACCAAUAAAUUUACUCGUGGCUUCCAAAACUUGAUUGAUUCAUAUGGUAUUGCGUCCUACCGCGAGGCAAACCCUGCGCUGUACACCAUCAUCACUUUCCCAUUCUUGUUCGGCAUCAUGUUUGGCGAUUUGGGUCAUGGAAUGAUUAUGACACUGUUCGGAUUUUGGAUGGUCUCCGGCGAAAAGAAAUUGGGCGCUAAAAGAUCCACCAACGAAAUUUGGAACAUUUUCUUCGGAGGUCGUUAUAUUAUUUUCUUGAUGGGAUUGUUUUCGAUGUACACCGGAUUUGUAUACAACGACGUUUUCUCUAAAUCUAUGAAUAUAUUUGGCAGUUCCUGGAAUAUCGGAUAUAACACCUCGACAAUAAUGACCAACAAAGAUCUAACUUUGAAUCCGGGUUCAUCGGACCUUAAAGAUGAUAUUUAUGCGAUUGGGCUGGAUCCUGUUUGGCAGCUUGCCACUAAUAAGAUUAUUUUCCUGAACUCUUACAAAAUGAAGCUGUCAAUUAUUUUCGGUGUUGUUCACAUGAUAUUCGGUGUUUGCAUGAGCGUUGUCAACUUUAACUUCUUUAAGAAACGCGUCAGCAUUUUGUUGGAGUUUCUUCCUCAGAUUAUUUUCCUAGUUUUGUUGUUUGCUUAUAUGGUUUUCAUGAUGUUCAUGAAAUGGAUCCAGUACACUGCUAAGACCGAUUACCAACCACACACACCAGGUUGUGCUCCAUCCGUACUCAUCAUGUUCAUCAACAUGAUGCUCUUCAAACAAACAGCUCCUCUGCAUGGGUGUGAAGAAUAUAUGUAUUCCUUCCAAGCAUCUUUACAACGCACCUUCGUUUUUAUCGCAUUGCUUUGCGUCCCGUGGAUGCUUCUUGGUAAGCCACUCUAUAUCAUGUUCAACAGAAAGAAGACGGCUGCAGCUCAUCAUAAUGGGGACAUAAAUCAGCAGACGGAAACCGCCAUCGAAAAUCCCGAACCUGCAAAGGCUCCCGCUCACGGCGGGCAUGACGAUGAGCCGAUCAGCGAAAUUUUCAUUCAUCAAGCUAUUCAUACUAUUGAAUACGUUCUCAGUACCGUAUCACAUACUGCAUCGUAUCUUCGUUUGUGGGCCUUGUCCCUUGCUCAUGCUCAACUUUCGGAAGUGCUGUGGAACAUGGUACUGUCUAUGGGUCUGAAGCAAUCUUCAUACAAGGGAGCUAUCAUGUUGUACUUCGUAUUUGGAGCGUGGGCCCUGUUCACCCUUGCCAUUCUGGUUAUGAUGGAAGGUUUGUCUGCAUUCUUGCACACACUCCGUCUUCAUUGGGUUGAAUUCAUGAGCAAGUUCUACGAAGGCCUCGGAUACGUUUUCCAGCCAUUCUCCUUCAAACAGAUCCUCGAUGCAGAUGAUGAUUUGGAUUAAAAUUGAUUUUUUCCCCACUAAAUGUUUCACUAUAACAACACACCGUGAUCGAUCAGUAUUCGAAUCUCAUUUUUAAAUUGUAUGGUGCACGACUUUGAUAUUCUACUCAUUCUUUAAACAAAAGUUUCUCCUAAUUCAGAAUCUCGUUUUUGAGUAAUUUACAGUAUUAUCCACGUUUCGUUUUUAAUCACGGUCUUCAGUUAAAAAUAAAUAUCAGUAGAAUAAAGAGAGUACUGCACGAAA